CCUGCACCUCAGGCCCCAGCUCCACUUCAAGUCUGAGGAACUGGACACUGAGAAGGUUUUUGUUGGGCCAGCCCACAGAUAUGAGGCUUUCCUCGCACCUUGUCCUGCCGCCUGACCAACACCUCCCUGAUGCCCAUGGCCUUCACCCUCCACAUUCCUGGGGACGGCUCUGGAGAGCCCAGCCUCACCAGCUCGGACCAGACAUCCAGCAACACUCACCCAUCCUGGAGAAAGGGAGCUCAGGGUCUCACGAAGCCAAUGGAAUUUACCAUAACGCCCUGCAGAGGGACCAUCUGCUCCCAGGCAUUCCAGGAUAUCCAGCCUCACUCCCUGCUGUUACCAGUUCAAAAUAACAAACUAAGGACGACACACCCACCAACUGUUCUGGACCACAGAAGGGUUCAGCAUCGUUCAGCAGCGUCGUGGCCUUGGUACCACCAAGGGCAAAAGCACUUCCCAGGUCCCCAAACCUGCCAGCCCCGUGUUCAAGCUGCAGCCGCCGCAGAUGGAGCUGGUGCCGGGCCAGACCAAGGACAUGGUGCUGGAAGGCUUCUCCAGCACCCCCCAGCCCAUAAAACUAGACAAAGGGGAGGAACGUCACAUCCAAUUUAACCCAGCUUAUGAAAAGGAUUUGUAUAGCUGGGUAGCAGAGAAGACACUGAACAUGGAGUUCAUGGAGCAUCCCCAUGAGGAGCAGAUCACCAUUCGGGGAGAAGUCUACUUCCCAAACCUCCAUAUCCAGACCAAGGCCCUGGACUUUGACUACCUCAUAAAUGGCACUGAACAAGUGGAUUGUGUGGCAAUGACCAAUUGCAGCCCAAUCCCUGUCCACUACCACUGGUCCUUCCAGACAGACAGCCAGGUGAACACCAUAAGAAUCCCCUCCGAGGGGUGCGCCGGGCUGUGGCUUCGCUGCCUGCCCGGGAUGUGGCACGUCAGCACGGGCCGGUGGAGACACCUUCUGGGGUUCAGCAGAAGUGGUCGAGACGAGCAGGGAUGUUUCCUUUCAGGUUCACAUCUUCACCACCUAAAUUCGAAGGAGGAGAGAGGCCUCCAGGUGCCACGGGCGAGAAGCUGCCCCCAGAAGGGGGUGAAGGGCUGUGACAUCCUCUACCAGCCCUGAGUGUGGCCAGAGCGAGCUCCUAUCUGCCUGCCAUGGACGGGGGAAAUAAUCAGGAUGUCUCCUUGUGUCCCUCAGUCACGAAGAGUAGGAUUGGGUGAGUUCUUUAACCAGUAGAACUGUUGUAAAUGGGUUUUGAGAAAGUAACAGUGAAGGGAAUGUUGAGGGCUUUGUAACCAACUUUGUAAGGAGUCAAACUGACUUA